AUGCCAGGGCCAGAUAUAAGAGCCGAUGAAAAUGUUCAUGCCGAGAUGUCUACUGAGCCCACGGCUGCCGUCCACAGUGGUGUCGAAGCUAAAACAGAACGAAAAUUAACUGUUCUUGAAACCCAUGGUUAUAUUUUAGGUCGAACUAUUGGCUCGGGAUCAUAUGCCACUGUGAAGGUAGAAAAUGGCAGCCUUUUAGAUAUAAUUCGUAAAGAUCAACAUAUAGACGAGUCACGUGGACGUAGAUGGUUUAGGCAGCUAGUAGAAGCAGUAGAAUAUUGCCAUGAACGAGGUGUUGUACAUCGGGAUAUUAAAUGCGAAAACCUUCUAAUGGAUCAUGGCUUGAACAUUAAACUAUCUGAUUUCGGUUUCGCGAGGGGGCAUAUGAAACCAAAAAACGGAGUAUAUGCGUUAAGUGAAACAUUUUGUGGAAGCUAUGCUUAUGCGUCACCCGAAAUAUUAAAGGGUGUACCGUAUAGACCUCAAGAUUCCGAUAUCUGGAGCAUGGGAGUUGUACUUUAUGCUAUUGUUUACGGCAGAUUGCCUUUUGAUGAUACGAACUAUACGCAACUUCUGAAGCAAGUUCAAAAUAAAGUAUCGUUCCCACGCGAGCCUAAAGUGUCAAUAGAAUGCCGAAAACUUAUCAUGAAAAUUCUAGCUCCAUUAAAAUUACGAUCAAAAAUCCCACAAAUCCUUGCUGACCCCUGGCUUAAUCUCAAUCAAACUACAAAAGACGAAGAACAAAAUGCCAAUCCUGAUAAUGCUCACGCUAGUAAAGAGGAAAUAAAAAGUGUAAACAUGGGAACUGUUACUUUCGACAGAAAAUUAGAAGAAGUCAAA